CAAGCCCUCAACUCUGCUCUUUCAUUUUCAUCUUUCUACAAAUCAACACAGAAAAGACCUACAGUUCGUUUUCCAACCUAAACAAAACCAAUUUGAGAUUCUUUCUGCCUAUCGCGCAACAAUGUGUUCCGCCGACUUCUUCCUCGCUUUCCUUGCCAUUCUCUUCCCCCCACUGCCUGUAUGGGUCAAGUGCGGUCUCUGCAGUGCUGAUUCUCUUAUCAACAUCCUCCUCUGCUGUCUUGGCUACAUUCCCGGCCUCAUUCACGCAUGGUAUCUGAUCGCCAAGUAUCCCGAGCCACCCUACGAAUAUGAGUCUCUGCCCCAAGAUCGCGAGGGCAACCGCGUCACCUACGUCUACGUCCAGUGCCCACCAGGUCCUCACCAGCACGGUCAGAACAACAAGCAGCCAAAGCCUCAACCCAAGCCCCACUCUGGCAACACCGGAAACAUGAACUACGGUACCCAGAACGCUGCCAGCUCUUCUCACCCUGCGCCCCAGCAGCAGCAAGGCGUCACAAAUAACGGCGAGGGCAGCAGCUCUAAUGACCAGAGCGUACCUCCUUCCUACGCCGACGUUGUCGCCGGAGACCACAAGAUUCAAUCCAAGGACUAGAUGCUCUAUCGAAUGGUCUGACGGAAAUAAGAGUGUAGGCGGUUUCAAACCCGUCUCCAUUGCCACCAAGACGACAUGACACAAUUUUGCGCAGUCGACUUCAACAACAAGUGUGGGUGAGAUGGCCGAGUUGGUUAUGGCGCCAGGUUAAGGUUAACCUUAACACCAAUUUCCUGGUGGAGCAAUCCUCCUGGGUUCGAGUCCCAGUCUCAUCAAACGAUUUCAUUUUUGCAUCUUUCCACGAUGUUUUUUGGUGGGAACUCGAUACCCAGGAGGGUUAGCUGGAUUUUGAGUCAUGGUUUGGUGUGCAAGACGGGUAUCGGCAGGACUUUGCCAGGCAUGAUGUUUCUUUUUCGCACUACCUAUUUAAUAUAUCGAUGGAGUUGCACAUAGGGUUCAUUCGGGGGUAGGCGUCUUUUUCAUGAUUGAUUACGAGUUGGUUUAAGUGCUCGAGCCAUAGGGUUAGUUAGAUAUAUGACUAUUGAACGCUUCUUAAUUAGAAUUGUCAUCAGGUCGUGUAGUUAUUGUGAAGUGUCUGAGGGAGGUUCAAAACAUGGGCGACAUUUUGAGGACAUCAAUGGCAUAGUGAUGGAAGAACAUACAACCCAGUCAGAUACUAUCACUUUGGGCAUUGAGGCGUGUCUCGCUACUCCAUUCCCUCAAUUGAUUGAUCUCUCAAGGUGUAAGCUUGGGAUAUAGAAAAUAAAUAACCUAAGAGCAGGUAUAAUGGCAUAAAAUGACAAAACUAUUCUUAGUCCAUGGCCACUCGGAUAGCCGUAACAUCUCCUAAAAGUCCUUGAUAUCUUGAAAGAUAUGCUCAAUAGGAGUUACCAUCCCAAACCCCUCGUUACCAAAGGACUGACGGAUCUUGAUUCCUGCAGAAUACAGCCAAAUAACCUUCCCAUCUAUAUCGAAGACAACCGAGCCUGAAUCACCCUUCGCACAAUACGUCCGUUGCAUGCAGCCGCUGUCUGGUUGGUAGAUAUAUUCGGCUGUUUCGGAAUCCCCGUCUCUCAGAUGCUUAUCUUCCGCCAUUGCGCAGGCGAUUCUAUUCCGAUGAUAUAUCCCGACUGUAGGGCCAUUGGCGGCACUUAGCUUCCAAACAUACAAAUUAUUAGGGCCAUCAGAUUGGCGUUCUUCGAGAAGGCUUCCAUCUAAUCUAUAGGGCGAAGCUGGAACACCUCCAUACUUCUGUUUCCAAGCUGACCACGACGGUAGACGGUUGGAUCCUUGUCGGUGCUCGGCGACGUCAAUCAAGGCCCAAUCGAGUCUUACCUUGUGUCUAUCUCCGUCAACGGAGACCCUGCGCAUGUAGCCAGAAGCAGCAAACAAUGUACCAAGAGCGUAUUUACCAUCGUUGAAAAAGGCAACUUUCUUCUGCAUUCCAUCCCUGCCCCCUGAACCCUCUUCCGUAGCCAGUCUAUCGUUUCCUGGGUUCUAUUAUUCGUGGUGGUUUGCAGCUUGGCCUCCAGUUCGCCACUUAUUCGAUUCUCCUCUUCAGUUUGAACAGCAAUGUGCCGAAUGGUAAAGUUGUGUUUAACCCGAGACGGACUUUCAAAACGUGGAGGUGUUGCGCUGUGACCAGGAGCGUAUCCCUUUAAAUCGGCAUUCCAACACUCGCUGUUGGGUUCCGGCGGUGCAGGCUUUGAUCCUUCACCAACGAUCUCAAAGCGAAAGCCUGGCAGAGCAGGCCGAACUGCAUGAUAGCUAAUGAGGGCAUACCGUUUCCAAGCUGGGUUGCUCUUCGUUUUAAUUUCGAUGAAGCAGCCUAUAGUUCCAAAUCCAACAGCGAUCUUAGAUUCGUCGCUGCUGGAUGUAUCUGCUCCAAAAUCGUCGCCUGGCUUUAUAGCCUGCUGAUAGUCGCCAUCAAAAAGCUUGCCCUCUAAACAACCUUUCUGGGCAACACCGCUAUCAAAUGUUGGCGGUAAUAUGUCGAACGAAUAGCUCGCCUCGGCGUUAUGUUCAACGUGGACUUGAACAUCCGUCCAUCCUCGCUUGUAUCUGUCGAUGUUGGCUUUGAUAUCGGCAAUAACCUCAAGCCACCCUGUCUCGUCGGAACUGUAGUCGACUGCGAUGUAUAUCGUAAUCGACCCACAGUAAUAGAGUAAGCAAAUAGCCAACAUGGAACGCUCUGUUGCUUUGAAAGCUUCGAGUCUCUGAUGCACGAGGGCUCUGACAUCAUCCCAUGAGUCGCAAAUGUCAUCGCGAUCGUCGACUGGGCGAUAGUAAAUCGUCCGACCAUGUUCAGACCCUUGCAUAUCGAUGUGAAUACUAUCGUAAGCAACGUAUGAAUCCUUAAGCAUAUGGUAUAAUGUUAAGGCAACUUCUCGGACAGCUGUUUCCCAGAGGCCUUGCUUGUUUUCAGACCAUGACGAAUAGAUGGCAAUCGUCGGGACACAGGUAUCAGGUUGUGAGGCCAUAUAUUGGUUCUCAAGCCAUAUUUCGGUUAUAUCAUCU